GUUGGCAAGACUUGUUUCCUCCACGGACUCCUACGUUUUGUGAACUCGGGGCUGCGGCGAUGAUCAGGAAGAGCAAGACCCGUGAGGCCCGCAAGCGACCUCCCGCGCUACGAAGGUCCCACCUCCUGGUGGCGACCGUGAUGUCAGCCACGACCGUGAAGAUCGUGGAAAGCAACAGGCUGGUUGAGUUUCCGUCGGUUUUCAGAUGCAUGUGGAACGACCUGCCGCACCCGGCUCAGUUCGCGAUCAUAUUUCUGAUGCUUGCGCUCCUGUUCGGCGUCCACCGGAUUUUCGGUAAGCUUGACGACGCCGCGUACGCUCGACUAUCUCGUGCCGUAACUGCUUGGAUAAAUGAGAGGCGGCAUGCACAUCAGGGUUAGUCCAAGCACGAGCGAUGGUAUCGGGGGUUGAACACUACAGCGAGCGCUACUUUGAGACUUCAAGAGAGUUAGAAUUCGAUAGAUACCAAUCUGUCUUUGCUGCGGCGGUGAGGCAGUUUUCAGGGUAUGGUUUCCAUGGGUUCGAUUCGGUACUGUAGGACUCUUCCGUACUGAUUGCUGCGAGUGUGCGCGGUACAUCGGAUGCGGCACUUUGCAUAGCAAGAGAGGUUGCAUGGGGAGGCGGUCAAUACAUGUACAUACACUUAAGAAGGUCAGUCACCGGUCUUUCUUUUGUGUUUGGGUUUUUCCAGCAUGCCCCCCUGUAGUAGUCAUGAGCUGUGCACCAUAGCCUCUUCAAGAGUUCCAGUGCAAGCUUGACGGGGCUCAAAGACAGCAGGAAACGGUCCCCAAGGUGAAUGUAUUAUGUUUUUGCGUUCCAUUUGAACGAAGGUGGCGUCUUUCCAGGGCAAAAUUGGCAAGGUCAUAGCUAGGAUAGCCGCGCGGGUUUUACGGGUGUUUGGUGCCGUAAAUAAUGUUCUCCUCCUUACGUUUCGGCUUCGGUGGGGCAGACUCGCAACAUCGUUUGCUGCUACCCGCUGGUUUCUUGAAUUUCACGGGGUUGGGUUCGGUGAGGGAUAUGAAACCAUGUGUAUCAUGCGCUACAAGUAACGUAUUGAAUCCGCUUCACGCGUGAUUCUCUUGCCCGGCGUUAAAUUCCACACCCUUUUCGGUCUAAUCGACGGGGGGUGGUGAGAGAGUAGCACGCUCGCAUUCCACGUUCUUCGCUUCCAGUGAAGGUGGCAAUGGCGCUCCGCGCUGCUUGUCUACCCGGGGCGGGCAAGGGGAAGCGAAUGUCACUUACAUGCACAAAGUAUGUGCUACUGUAGUAUUGGAUCACCAUCCGAACUCAGGGCUGUGCGAUUGCCUCGCUUUCAACAAAGGUGGGAACGGUCCUCCGUUCCGCAUAUCUCACCGGGGCGGGAAAGGGGAAGGUUAGAAUAAGAAUGCCACCAUAUAGUGUGCUGACGGAUCACUAUCCGGACACA